AUCUAAAUACGGUCAAUUCCUCCAAAGCGCUUGAUGUUCUCUUGAGACAUUCGGUGGCUUCCGUGUAUAUUGAAGCACACCAAUUCAACGAUUCUGCGGCUCCUUAGACUGUCGGAGUCAGGUAUAUGUAUUGAGCGGAGCCUCUAUUCCUUGCCGUGAAGCGAAGCAUAUUACCAUCGAAGGAUUAUUGUGACGGGAACUGCUUAUAUGGGCCGGGUCUAUUUCUGAGACGGGCGAUUACGACUGAAGAGGCAAUACUUCUGGGCAUGUGAGGAAGGAACUAUUGAACGGUCUGAAUGAAUGUUGCAUGAUAUCCCUUCUAGUAUGAUAGUCUCUGUAUGAGGAAGUCUGUGUGGCAUCAUUUCUUUGAGGGUACUUUCCGUGGCUAUUCCAGACGCAGUAGUUCAAGCAUAGCAGAUUGAAGUAUUUUCCUAAUUGGAAGGCAUGUCAGAGAUUCAAGCAUCCGGCAGCUGAAGAAUAGAAGAGUCCAUUCAAAUUCUAUCUGUUUUUCAAUAUCAGCGACUUCCAACGCUGAAUAUUGAUAUAUUUCUUCUAUAUCGAUUAUAUUCUGUGCUGCACUACAAACUCAUAUCUUUCUUUUGCUAUGAAAAGGUAUUAAAUUAAGAGGGGUCCUUCAAAAUUUUUGGUCCCCUCAACACAAUGGUUUGGUGCACUCAUUGUGGAAAGGACCAGCCCACUGAGCGUGAUGAUAUUAAUGGAUUCAUAUGCUGCACUGGUUGUGGACGUGUUCAUGAGGAUAAUAUUUUCUCAUCUGAUCCAACUUUUGUGAAAAGUGCUGGGGGUCAGAGUCAAUUAUCGGGGAACUUUAUUAGGGAUGGUCAAUAUUGCUCAUAUGGACGCCUUGAUGGAGAUUUAAAUCACGACUAUGGGUUCAGGACAGACUCACAUCUCAAAACAUUAGAAAAGGGAAAAGAGGAGAUUGAGAUUAUUGCAGAAAGCUUAUGCAUUAGUGGCAGGGAGGCAAUGGUCAAUGCAGGGCAUCGCCUAUAUAUAAUUGCUGUUGAACGUAAUUUCACUAGAGGUCGGCGGACAAAGCAAGUUGCAGCAGCUUGUCUUUAUAUUGUGUGUAGGCAGGAAGAAAAGCCAUUUUUGCUCAUCGAUUUUUCAGAUGUCUUACAAGUAAAUGUCUAUGUAUUAGGUGCUGUAUUUUUGCAACUUUGCAAAUUGUUGAGACUUGAGCAACAUCCGAUCAUUCAAAAGCCAGUUGAUCCCAGCUUAUUUAUUCAUCGUUUUACAGAUCGCUUACUUGGCAGAACAACAUCCACAAAGCAAUAUCAUGCUAUAUCAAACACUGCCUUACGAAUUCUAUCAAGUAUGAAGCGUGAUUGGAUGCAGACUGGGAGAAAACCAAGUGGAGUGUGUGGUGCAGCAUUGUACAUAUCUGCCCUCUCGCAUGGCUUUGGAUGCACUAAAGCAGAUGUUGUUAGUAUUGUGCACAUUUGUGAGGCAACAUUGACAAAGCGAUUGAUUGAAUUUGAAAAAACAGAAUCAGGCAGUUUAACUACAGAGGAGUUUGUAGCCAAGGCAAAGGAGCUUGAGGCAGAAAUGCAGUCAAUGAAAGUUCCAACAAGAAACUCAGAGAUUAAAGGAAUAAAAGGCAUUACAGAACUACUUUGUGAGCACAAGGGAACAGAUGCUAAGCAUUUUGCUCAUGGGCUUUGCAGUCACUGUUACAAUGAGUUUGUCAAAGUCUCUGGAGGUAUCCACGGAGGAUCUGCACCACCUGCAUUCCAGCGCGCUGAAGAGGAGAGGAGAAAGGAGUCCUUACAGAUAAAACAAGACAAAGGAUUUUUUGAUAAUGAUGAAGACAGUAUUUCCUGUCAUAAAGAAGACCAAGAAAACUUGGAAGGCAAUGUGAAAAUGACAAGGGAGAAGGUGAAGCUAACAAAUGAGGAAAUGGUUGAGGAUGGAGGGGCAUGUUCUCAAAAUGGAGAUAAUGCUACGGGUUCAAGAUAUAAGAAUACAGCUUCUACAGAUGUAGGCACAGAUAAUCGAAAUCAGGAUGGUCAGAAUGGUGUUACAGAGAGUUGUAUAUCAGAGGCUGCAAUAGGUUGUCCAGCAGAAACAGAUGAUUGGAGUCAAUUGCAGUUUCCGGAAAGUUAUAAAGUAGGAGAUGAUAUGGGCGAGGAAUUAGAAACUCUGUCUGACAUUGAUGACGAGGAGGUUGAUCGAUAUUUGCAUAAUGAGGAGGAAGUACGGUUGAAAACUAUAAUCUGGACAGAAAUGAAUAAGGAGUAUCUUGAGGAACAAGCAACAAAAGAGGAAGCAAUUGCAGCUGCAGAAGCAGCUCAUGCUGCGGCUCUGGCUGCUGCAGCAGAAGGGGCACCUGAUGCUGUUGAACUUGCAGCAGCAGCAGCUGCUGCCGUGGCAAGAUUGAAAAAGGAUAAGCAGCGGAAAAGAGCUGAAGAAGCAAAGAACAAAGUGCCACCUCAGUCAGCAGCUGAAGCUACACGUCAGAUGCUCGAAAAAAAGAAGCUAAGUUCAAAAGUCAACUACGAUGUACUUGAAAGGCUUUUUGAAGACAAUAAAAAGAAUGUCACACAGACAUCAGAUGGAGGCAAAGAUAUACAUAAUCAAUCACCAGCUGAAAAUGUGAAGAGAACCCGCUCUGUCUUGUGGGCAGAUGAGGAUUCUGCUGACUUUAAAAAUUCAAAAAGACAAGCUCUUCAGGGUGAAGCGACUGAAGGAAAUGCAGUCGAUUUUAAAGAAGAGGGGGCUGAGUUCAAAGAAGAGAGAACUGACCCAAACAUGGAAGAUGGGCUGGAAGGUGAUGACUUUGACGUUGAAGGGCCCGAUGGAUUGGAUAAUGAACACUUCCAACCAUACAAGCUGCAGUAUGGACAUGAAGUUGAAUAUGAAUAUGAUUAUGAAGACUACUGAUUGUAUGUCACUCGUUGAAGUCAAAUCUUAAUGACCUUUGUGGUCUUUGUACAGCUUCCUUUGACACAGGUUUGUUUAAACCUCUGAGAUUCAGUGGGAAAGCAUCCAGAUGCAUGGCUCACCAAUCUCUAUAUCGUUACUCCAAAUAUGAAAAUAGCUUCUCCUUUAAUAUGUGGAUGUAAAUGCCUAUACUGAAGUCAUCGGAUCUUGGCGGAGUUGUAAAUUUGGUACCUUUACUUGCAGAAAGACCAGAAGUCUGUACCCCAAUUGUUCACUUACCAAAAAAAAACGAUGAUGUAAUUACUUAUUUAUUGUAUUAUUUGCAUUGAGUGUCUAGUUACACAUACAUAAAUUUGGUCUUGUAGCUGUGACUGGCUACAUCUAUAAUGUCCACUUCUUUUACUUGGGCAUUUCGGGAAGUUCCAUUAGCCUAUUUUAUUUCUGUAGGUUGAUCUGAAGUAUUAAAAAGGGAAUAAUUUAAUUAAUUAAAUUAAUUUUUCUUAAA